AUCUGAGAAAUGGCUGUAGGAAACAACACUCGCAGAAGUUAUUCCAUCAUCCCAUGUUUUAUAUUUGUUGAGCUCUUGCCACUGUUGUUUAGAUUCUCCAGCCCCUCUGCCAGGGUCCCCAGCAAGGUCUCACAAGGGUUCACUGUCAGUUUCCACAUGUGAUUUCCCUCCAGCCUCUACCUUGGCUCCUCUUUCAUCAGUGCCAUUUGAAAGUCCCGCCCCAGCCCCAGUGUGCUGCCAUAGACGCUGUGUCUUAAGAUGCUCUUUCUCAACAGCGAAAAACACACAGAUAUUUAAACUGUGCUUUUCCCUAGAGUCCUUACUAAGACAUUCUUUUGUGUCAUAGCUACUAAGGUCCAUGCAGUGCUCCUUGUGCCCUGAGUUUCCUUCAUCCCCUCAUUCUGUGGAAGGAAAUAUAUGUCCAUGGGGCUGGGCCAUGACCAGUGUCUUGAACAGACGCCAUGUUCUUCUCCAUCCUUUUGACCCCCAUCUGCCACAGGCAACAGUCCCUUCCCUUGUUCUCCUCCUGUCCACUCCUUCCUUCUCAUUCACUAGCCACAUGUUGCCAUGGAAGGAUUGCACUUGGGAUCAGCUGUCACCCCUCUGAAAGAUCACAGUGUUGGGAGCACUCCCCAAGUGGAUGCUUGUCAUCAUGGCUGGGACAGUGCUGCUUGCCUACUACUUCGAAUGCACUGACACUUUUCAGGUGCAUAUCCAAGGAUUCUUCUGUCAGGAUGGAGAUUUGAUGAAGCCGUACCCUGGGACAGAGGAAGAAAGCUUCAUCACCCCUCUGGUGCUCUACUGCGUGCUGGCUGCCACUCCAACUGCUAUUAUUUUUAUUGGUGAGAUAUCCAUGUAUUUUAUAAAGUCCACACGGGAAUCCCUGAUUGCUGAGGAGAAAACCAUUCUGACUGGAGAAUGCUGUUACCUGAACCCCCUACUGCGAAGGAUCAUCAGGUUCAUAGGGGUGUUUGCAUUUGGACUUUUUGCUACUGACAUUUUUGUAAACGCCGGACAAGUGGUCACUGGGCACCUCACACCAUACUUCCUGACAGUAUGCAAGCCGAACUACACCAGUACAGACUGCCGGGCACACCAUCAGUUUGUAAACAAUGGGAAUAUUUGUACUGGGGAUCUGGAAGUGGUAGAAAAGGCUCGGAGAUCCUUUCCCUCCAAACAUGCUGCUCUGAGCAUUUACUCUGCCUUAUAUGCCACGAUGUACAUCACAAGCACAAUCAAGACAAAGAGCAGCCGACUGGCCAAGCCAGUGCUGUGCCUAGGUACCCUCUGCACAGCCUUCCUGACUGGCCUCAACCGAGUCUCUGAAUAUCGGAACCACUGUUCAGAUGUGAUAGCAGGCUUCAUCCUCGGCAGUGCAGUGGCUUUGUUUCUGGGAAUGUGUGUGGUUCAUAACUUUAAAGGAACACAAGGAUCUCCUUCCAAACCCAAAUCUGAGGAUUCCCGUGGAGUACCCCUAAUGGCUUUCCCAAGGAUAGAAAGCCCUCUGGAAACCUUAAGUGCACAGAAUCACUCGGCCUCCAUGACUGAAGUCACCUGAGAUGACUAAUGGGACACAAACUAUUUUUUAAUCACCCUCCAGUUCAAUACUUCAAAAAACACAGUUACUCAAUGUCAAACUGUGAAGACAAGUAUUAUGUUUAUCUAGUUAGAGGCUAAUGUUUUGUACAUUUUUUGUAUGAAAAAGUGACGUAGCUUGCCCUGAUUUUCUUUGUCAGCUUUAACAUAUUUAUGCUGGAAUUUUAAAACCAACAAAAUUUUCUUCUUGUUCAAGUGUUCAUUGAUGAAUCACAUUUAUUCAAUGGUUGAUGUUGUUUUGUGAUAUUUGUACACAAACCUUCUUUUCUCAGUUUUAUAAACACAAAUAAAAUUAAUAUAACAAUUCACUUUAAACUUUUAUUACCACACUUUCUGCCUCCUCCAGAAUUUUUGAAUUUUAAUGGAAGUUAAACUUUGAGUUUCAGGAAGGACAGUGUUGGUUAAUAGUAAAUCUCAAAAUCAAUUCUGGAAAGAAAUAUUCAAAGAGAACUUUGUGUUCCAAUCUGUUUAUCAGGCUAUUUCGUCAAAAGUUAUAGGUAUCAAGUUCAAUCCCCAGUACCAAAAAAAUUAGAAAAA